AAUGUUGGAAUUACAAUGCUUACCAGUUGAGGUACUGUGCAACAUAUUUGACAAGUUAACUGGCUGGGAACGACGGUCACUGUAUCUGGUGUGCAGAAGUUGGUACGAAAUUUUGACAAUCAAACAUUUCAUGCAACGGCGAACGCUCAGAGUGAAUCCCGAAAGUGUAGAACUGUUAGAAAGUUGUGAAAAAUUUCCGUGCAUCAGUAUUCGCGAUAACGAUUCUAGUCCAAAUUCUGUGAGCCGGAGGAAUUUUUUGGAUUCGCUUCGAAGGGUGUUAUUUUGUGAAGAGGUCAUCGAUCAUCUGGAGGAGCUGACGCUCAAGGAAGUCCAAGGCGAUCUGCUGCAGGAGUUGUUUGGUGAGGGCUAUGGCGAAACGUGUCGGCUGCCAAAUUUGAAAAGUUUGACCAUUUGUUGUUUUGAGUUUUGUGAAGUGUCGCAGAUUCGGGUGUGGAACAUUUCGAGGCAUCUAACGAAAUUGCACAUAACUAUUAGUAAAUAUGAGGAGCUGCGGGUGGUUGCUAGUGUAGCUGAGCAACUCGUGGAACUGUUUGUGGAAUCCAACAAGUUGCGACUGCUUCUUGAGUGUUGUGAUAUCUCUGAUUUUGAAAAGCUACGAACACUGAAACUGAAAUCAGAUUCAUUUUUUCCGGAACGGUUUUCCAGUCCCAGUGAAAUUGGCGGGAAAUUCGCAAGAACCUUAGGUCGGUUGAAGAAUCUUGGCAUUGGAUUUCGGCACAAUGAUUUCUUGCUCGGGUAUGCACCGAUGUUUCGGCGCUGCCGAAGCCUGCAAUCCCUUUCGAUUGUGGGGGCUGAUUUGUGCCUGGACGCUUGUAACGCCAUUGCAAGCCUACACGCUCUGAGGAAAUUAGAGCUUCUGCUGCGAAUCGAAAAGGACCACAAUCUGAAACCGUGGAAUUUACUAAAUUUAGAGAUCCUUCACACGUACGUAGAGAACCUAGCACCCCUGGGAGACAAUUUACCUUCACUGAGCACGAUACGGAUCUCGAAUCACACCAUCAGAGAAGGACGAUUCAGCGUUCGACCCUCCGAGAGGGCAUACUUGCAGCGAUACUUCAACCACUUUGAGUCCAUCACCAAACUAUUCCUUUACGAUGUCUACCUCGAGGAAGACUUACUGUACCAGUUCCCGAACAUGGCAGCAGUUAAGGAAAUCAUCCUGCGCUGCGUUAGAACAAGCUCACUCGUCCUGGAUAUCAUCUACGAGCGGGCGCCCCGGGUCUUCAAGGUCUACUUUUGGGAUUGCUGCUUUCUGGUGAGCCCUCGGGCCAAAAUUCCAUCCUUCGCUGCGCUGUGCCUCCUACUGCCACGGGCUUGCAUCUCACAUUCCAGUAGCAAGAUCAUUGCCGUGGAUUACGAGCAGAUUCUCUCCUGAUGAUUGCAUCGCCCUUCGGUUCACUUUUUGUUACCAUUCGACCUGUACC